AGCUUCGAUUUUUCGGGUUUUUAUCAGUUCUUCUACUCUUCAUCACAAUCUUUGUAUUGAUGUGAAUCUUUCGUUUUCCUUUCUUUCCACGCAAAAAGUCUUGAGUUUUUUCCCCGUUAAUUUUGAUCCAAAUUCAUUAAUUAGGGUUUCCACCAUUUGUCAUCGACAUGGACGAAGAAGCUGCUUCUAAUGGUUCUGUUUUCAGCAAAUUCGAAGGAGAAGAGACGAUGGGAAAAGUUCUUCUAUUCGCAAUCGUAUCGAUUUUCACAGGGAUUCUGUUCCUCCUCUUGCUUCAUCUCUACGCUAGACUCUUUUGGUGGCGUGUGGAACAACAUUUCAACCUAAACCUUAUCCCAUCCGACGAGCCUGGUUCCACAGUCAUUGGACGUAAUCAUCGACAACGUCGUUUCGUCUUUGCUCAAGGUCAAGAAGAUCAUCCUCACAACUCUGGUCUUGAUUCUAAAAUUCUUCAAUCGAUCCAUGUUGUUGUUUUCAAGUCUACGGACUUCAAAGACGGGUUAGAAUGCGCCGUUUGUCUCUCUGAACUCGUUGAUGGCGACAAAGCUAGGGUUUUGCCAAGGUGUAAUCAUGGGUUUCAUGUCGAUUGUAUCGAUAUGUGGUUUCAAUCUCAUUCCACUUGUCCUCUCUGUAGAAACACCGUUGGUUCCGUGGAAGAGACGAUACAUGGAGGAAGUGAGGGUUUACCUCAAAAUCAAAACUUUGAAUCAGGGCAUUCGAGUAAUCAACAUAAUCCAUCUCAAGAUCAGAGCCCUGUUCUUGGGUUUUCGACAGAACCUUUGAGUUUCCCGACAAAUGUACUGGUUUGGGGAGAUCAGAAUCAAGUUAGAAGUGCAGGCCUCGUUGUUACUGAAGAAUCUACUGGAAAUUUUGCAGAUCAUCAACAAGAAUCUAGUAGUAACAAUACCUAUAACAGAGCACAAGAAGUGACGGCGGUUGUGAUGGACAUUCCGGCGAAUUCAAGUGAGAAUUUACCCGAGAGAAUCGACGAAGAAGAACCUAAGUCACCGAUGUUCACAAGGUUCAGAUCGCUUAAGAAGUUUUUGAGUAGAGAGAAGAAAGGUGUAGUUUCUGUUAUUGGUUCAAGCGGGACCAACAACAACAAUGUUUGAAUAAAUAGGUAAUCUUGAACCCAUUCAAGAGAGAGAUCUCGAGAUUUUUAUUCGUCUUGGUAUAUGAGAAGUGUGACAUAAACAUUCCAUGUAUAGUUUGAUUUGAUUCAAAUCUACAUUAGUUGUUUUCUUAUAAGAGAUGAUGAUUACGAUGUUGAUAUAGUUUGAAAUCUAAUUCUUGCAAUGGCAAAAUAACACUAUAUGAAAAGUAAUGUUUUAUAUAAAGGAACAGAACAAGAAAGUUUCGACUUUAUG